AUGUGGCAAAACGGCCAGUUCAGCUUGAGCGGUUCCGCCGAGUCGGCAUUGCACGUUCACCAGGGCAUGGUCCCCCAGGGCAUAAUCCCCAUGGUCAUUGAGACCAGCCCCCGGGGGGAGCGGGCUUUUGACAUCUACUCCCUGUUGCUCAGGGAGCGCAUUAUUUUCUUGGGCACUCCCAUCAUGGACCAGGUUGCCAACACCAUAAUCGCCCAGUUGCUGUACCUUGAGCGGGAAGACCCCGACCGCGGCAUCAACGUGUAUAUCAACAGUCCUGGCGGCUCCAUCACCGCCGGCCUGGCCAUCUACGACACCAUGCAAAUGAUAUCACCCGAGGUAUCCACCGUCUGCGUCGGCAUUGCCGCCAGCAUGGCCACCGUGCUGCUGUCCGGCGGGGCCAAGGGAAAGCGUUACUGUCUGCCCAACUCCACCGUGCACAUGCACCAGGCCCAGAGCGGCACUCAGGGCGCAGCAUCCGACAUCCAGAUUGCGGCCCGGGAAAUAACCCGGCUCCAGGACUUGCUGCGGGGCAUCCUCUGCGACAAUACCGGCCAGCCCAUGGAGAACAUCGUCCGCGACAGCGACCGGGAUAACUACCUGACCCCCAAGCAGGCCGUGGCCUACGGGUUGGUUGACGAAAUCCUUGGCGAAACCAAGGCAGAGGAGUCUACGGAAGAGAAAUCUACGGAAGAGGCAUCUUCGGAGCCCGCAGAGUAA